ACAUCAAACGUCAUAUGACGUCAUCAACGAUUCGACGCGAGCAGGUUUGUUUGUCUGCUAAAAUUUAACAUUUCUAUAAUUUAAAAGCUUCAAAACAAAACCAAAAAACCGAUAAAAUGACGGGAUUCUAAUAAUAAAUAAAAAGAAAGAUAAGUAUUUUAUGACAAGGAAAAGUCUCAAAUUGUAGUUGAUAAAAAUAAAUUUACAAAAUGACUGACUACGAGAAUGAGAACUUCUGCAAAAAAUUGAGAAAAGCUACUAAAGAAAUUCACGCUGUCAGUGAUGCAUUAGUUAACGCUAAAUUAGUUUUUGCUUUUCAUGAUGACACAGUAUGGGCCGAUGGUCUUUUAGCUUUCUAUGAAAUUUUUCGAUAUCUGGAAGGUGCAAUGGAUAGAUUAAAAAAUACGAAAGUUGGUCUUUUAAAUAUUCCAGGUCUCCAAAGAACUGAGGCUUUCGAAAAGGAUUUAGAUUAUUAUCUAGGAAAAGGAUGGAUGAAAAACUACACUCCAAGAAACAGUGUAGCGAAGUAUUUGCUGCGUUUAAGGGAAGUUGAGGACACUGAUCCAUCUCUUUUAAUGGCUUAUAUUUAUCAUUUAUACAUGGGAUUAUUGAGUGGUGGAAUAAUAAUUCGUCAGAAGCGGCAACUCGUACAAAAAAUUUCACCAUUUAAAAAUGAAAAUCAAGAUGGGAACAACAUCACCGAUUUUGGCGAGUACAAUAUAUUUCAAUUGAAAAAUGAAAUGCGCACGACAAUGAAUCGAAUUUCAGAGACAUUAGACGAAGACACGAAAAAUAAAUUAAUCGAAGAGAGUAAAAUAGUUUAUACACUUAAUAACGAAUUAAUAAGAAGCGUGAGAGGCGCUGGUUCGGUUAUUUUAAAGAAAUUCUCCUAUUUCCUCGGUACUAUUAUUUUUUCAAUUCUAGUCUUCCUCUAUUUCUUCAAAUAAUAAUUUUUUUCAUAAUUGUA